AAGAUAACGAUAAAGAUGAAGGCCGCCGGCAGUCAUGGCUUCCUCAGACUUUGUGUAUUGUCGUGUUUCUUUUUGUUGUUUCCUGAGUUCACGUGUGCGGCUGAUAAAAUGGCCUUUUCCCCGUCACACUUUGGGGUGCUGGCGACAGAACCGAGCCGCCGAAAGAGCCACACAAAACAGAGAAACACCAACAGUAACGCGUUUUCUAAAAAGCAAAUAGAGGACCAAAGUCUGCAGUUCAUGUGGAGUCUGUAUAGGAAAGCGGCUACUUCAGAAGACAGGCCGAAACCACGCAAAAUGUUCGGGUCCAACACUGUCAGGCUGAUUCGUGCCUCCGUCACCAGCAAGCACUUCCAUUCCACACCGACUGACCUGCUGUAUACUUACACAAUGCAAUACGAACUGGAAAACCUCCCACUGAACAAGCUGAACAGGGCGUCUUUGAUUCACCUGAGGUCACCUGUGGCAUCGUAUCCUCCGUUUAUGUGCGAGGCCAGAGUUUCCUCUUCACAGCACGCCAACAACACGGAUGUUGUCGUUCUGGGCCCUCAAAGUGUGUGGACUGAAUCAGAUAUCACGUCCCAUGUGUCUCUGUUUAAAGGCAGCCUGUUGGUCCUGUAUGUUCAGUACAAGUGUUGGGAAUCUGGCCCUGUUCGUUCUGUCGCAAGAAACAGGAAGUGCAAGAGGCAUUUCCCACCUCAAAACCAUUUGAGAGCCCCUGCCUUGCUUCUGUUUUUGGAAGAAGAGGGACAUCCUAUGGAAUGGGCAAAGCAGAUCAAAGCAACUUCUCAUACCAGCUCAAGGUCGCGCCGGUCCAAAGAACCCGGCAGCAUCGGUUCUGACAUUCCUAACUACAAGCGAUCCAAAAACGGCGUGGGCAAGAACCAGUGCAAGCUCCACUCGUACCGUGUGACCUUCCGUGACCUCGGCUGGGACCACUGGAUUAUUGCGCCUCCUAUGUACAACCCAAGGUACUGCAUGGGUGACUGCCCACGCAUCCUGCACUAUGGCUACAACUCGCCCAAUCAUGCUAUCGUUCAGACCGUCAUCAGUGAGCUUGGCUUUGGUGACAUCCCACUGCCAUCCUGUGUGCCUUAUAAAUACAAACCUAUCAGCGUGCUGAUGAUGGAAAGGAAUGGUAGCAUUGUCUAUAAAGAAUAUGAAGACAUGAUUGCAGAAUCCUGCACUUGUAGAUGA